UAUUCCAUGCCCUUCAAACUGAAGAAGUCCGUAAAGAAGCUCAUACACGUUCAAAGAGCGUGUAAGAGCUUCAUCGAGACCCUUCAAUCCAAUGCUUGCAAAGCUUUAGAAAAUAUGACCACUAUUGCUGUUUCACCACGCCAAAAAACACACAUUCGUCAUACAAGACAGCGUUUCACCAUGACCCAUAGUCAUGACCACUUUUUUCAGCGUGAUUCAAUUGAUGAACUCUAUGUCACAAAAUCGUGUCAACUGUCUAGAGAAUCAACAAGUCGUAUAGAUGAAGAAUUAUUACAUGUUACUUCGACUAGUACAAGUACUAUUCGUAGUAGAAGGGAAAAGAAAAUGGCAAGGAUACAUGAUUCAUUGCCGAAAGAGAAAAAGAAAAGUGAGGACGAGUUUCAGACACAGGAAGUACUCCGAGGGAUUGAUGAGAAAGCAGAGGAAUUUAUUUUGAAGGUUCGAGAACAUUUGAAGCUUGAAAGGGAACAAUCCAUCACUGACUAUCACGAUAUGCUACAACGAAGUGUUUGAUUUCUUUUUUUCGUCAUAUAUACUUUAGUUACAGCAUAAACUUUGAAGCAAUAUAUGCUUUUUAUCAGCCAUAUGUU